AGUAAUUUGCAGUCUUAUGGAAGUUACAUACCUUCACAAUCACUUGGUGUUGAGUGCAAAUACGCCGUCUUCCUUACUCCCAAAGCCAAAUGGAGUUUAUACUUGCACAUUACAGCUAUGGAAUAAAUACUUUUGAUGCAAUCUUUAACGGGAUUUAUGUGAGGAGUUUUUAACACCUACCAUAAGAAGAAGUUGGCAUUGUGCGUCAUGGAUGAUAGAGCUGUUUGAUUUGUGGAACCACGUGCAUGUCAUUGCCCAUGGACUACACAUCGGAAUAUAUGACCAUCUCACUCACCGUCACGAGAAAAUAAUUUUGAAAAGUAUUGGGAUUUGGGGUUGAAGAUGAUGAAGACUUCGAUCUGGUGCGUUGGACCAUCAUAGAGCAAGGUGGACCAUUUCUGCCUCCGUGGUUGGACCAUGAACGUCCUCAUCCAAACAUGACGUCGUCCACAAGCAACAAGUAUGAAGCGAAGAGAAAGUUUUUAUAGGAAAUAGGAAACAGACGUUUUUUGGGGUUAAAUCAACCAGUUCAAGUUCAGCCAUUGGUGAACCCUCUUAUUCUGGAUUGUGACAACAAAUCAGCAUUUCUGUGGACAACAUGGCUGGUACUAACUGUGUCCUGUUGACGUUGGUUGUUUUCUUGAUAGGCUAUCUUGAAGGUUGUUUGUUACCAGUUGAUCCCAUCAUUGAAGUUGGUUCAGACCUGGUCCUGAAUUGUACCAUUGAUGACUCGUCCAAUGACGGUCGUACAUCUCAAGAUGUCAUCUGGGAACACAAUCGCGACAAGUUGCCACCAGACAGGUACACCAGUCUCAGUGACACAGUGUCUCAAUUGACACUGACAAAUGUCACCUUCAGUGACUGGGGGAUGUACUACUGUCACUUAGGGCGGCUCAAAAGCUGUUAUGCCUCGGAGGUGUCAGUUGGAAGGAAGCCCGAGCCACCUAUUCUAACCUGCGUCAUACCGUCUCCUGAUGCAUAUCGGUGUAGCUGGGAGGACGGGACGUACACACAGAUUCAAACCCAGCACAAUUUUAUGUUCAAACGUGGUGGUAGCUGGGAAGACUGUCCAUCACCAGGGCGCAACACUUGUAAUCUACAACUUGGCGCUGGCCUCAUUCAACACGUUCGAGUCACCUCAACCAACCGUCUGGGGAACGCUACAACCGAGAAAGUCUUCCAUACUUACAACGAUGUCGUUGUAAAUAGUCCAAGCAAUGUUGCAGUCACUAAGAUGGAGACUGAGACAUCGCUGAGAGUAACAUGGUCUGUUCCUGAUGAGUGGCCGUCGACAAGAGAAGGAUCUCUGACGUACAAACUGAGAUACAAGAAGGAGGAAUGUGUGAUGGCUAAUCACACAUGCUGCUGUUGGUUAGAGACUCAAGAUGUGAGGUCUAAAUCCUUUACAUUGAGGGAACUAGACCUAUAUACUUUCUACGAUGUUCAAGUCGCAGCCAGAUUUGACCAAUCAAGGGAAGAGAAUUGGAGUGAGUGGACUGAGGUUGAAACCACAAUCACACGUGAGACAACACCUCUAGAAGUUGUACAAGGCCUCGAAAUUAAUGAAACCCCAAACAAAGCUGACCCAGUCUACAAGAGGAAUGUCAGAAUAUUUUGGACGAAAUUGCCAGAAGAAGGCCAACAUGGGCGCCUCUUGGGCUAUAGGGUAGUCAUCCAGGCAGAUGACACAGAAGAAUUACGACGAGAAUAUAACACCAGCCGAAGCUUCUUUACGAUUAAUGGUCCCCUUGAGAAGUUCAGAGGCUAUCUUGUCAAAGUUGCUGCCCGUAACAGCGCCGGCAUUGGCCCUUGGUCGUCAAUUUUGAUUGAAGAUCAAACAAGAGCACCGGGUGCUCCUGAUGAGGUCAGAGCUGUUGCCUUGACAACGACCUCCAUCUUUGUUGAGUGGGAGGAGCCAAGUCAACCUAAUGGCUACAUAGAGAAUUACACAGUGCAAUGGGGGAGGAGUAAUGGUGAAAUAAAAUAUUACACCACCUCAGAUUCAAGCCAGCUUUCUUAUGUCAUCAACGAUCUGGUGACCUAUGUUCUUUAUGAGGUCGGCGUUAAGGUCGUGAACUCUCGCGGAGAGAGUGAAGUCACAUCUGUAAGGGGCGGGGCACGCACAUUGGAGGGAGUUCCAGAUGCGCCACCUACCAGCGUUGAAGUCAAGCCUGUCAAGAACUAUCCUGAUAGAUUGAUGUUGUCAUGGCAACGACCGCCUGCUGAAAACUUCAACGGUGUCCUUCGUGGAUAUGUGAUCUCAUUCUGCAAGAGGAGCCUUGAUAAUGAGAAAACAAAGUACUGUUCAGAUAACCUUCUGCAGUGGAACCUGAGCCGACCAGAUGCAGUCACUGAAACUUUGACUGAUCUGGGGCCAUCAACAUCUUAUCUCAUUUGGAUAGCAGCUUACACUGCGGUAGGCGUGGGACCAGACUCGGAGCCUGUUGAAGGAAAGACGACUCAUGACAUUCUCUUGUUUGCUAUUGUCAUUCCAAUCGCUAUCGUACUUGGUCUUUGCAUCUUUGGCCUCUGUGUGUGGCAGUAUCGUCACAUCUUUGCUGAGGCCUCAGAAGACCUGUCGAAGCAAAAGUCCUGUAAGAGUAGCGAGAAAUUCCAGAAAGACCAUGACCAAGUUGUCUCAUCACCAGGAAUUGCUGUCAUUAGUGGGACAUCAGUGGAGCAAGACAGGUCUGAGGUGAGUAAGCUUAAGACUGCAUUGCAGUCAUCCACCGGUCUAGAACCGAUCUUAGUUGCAGUCCAUCUAAACCCGAAGACCUCCAUGUUUGACCGCUCUGAGAGUGGUGAUAGUGGCAUCCCGUCGUCCCCAGAAAACGAUCCUCUGGAUUUCAGCACAAUGGAAGUCAAGGGGACAAGCAUCGCUGAGGAAGGUGAUGACAAUGUGUUCUUGGAAGACAGAGAUGGAGGGUCGUCUGCAAUCCAGAGAGAGAUGAGCAGCAGUCAUCAGUCAUCUUAAGAUAGAGCAUCUUAUCAUAACAUACUGGUAGGUCCGUUAAUAGACCAAUCAUGAAGCCCGGCCCGCGUCGGGCAGUAACCCUUGCGCCUCUUGGAAGCAUGCUGUUCUAGACAGGAAGGUCAUACACAAGUGCAGGCAUUUGUGGACCUUCUCUCGGACACUGUCCCACAAUCAUAGCUGUGAUAGGUCUAAAUGUCAUCGAGUGCAGCUUAAUUAGUCAGUCUAAUUUAAUCGUUUUAUAUUCACCUAACAGGGUUAUUUUGUGUUAUCUUUUUAGUUCUCUGCAAAACAUCACUUUUGCAAAAAACCCAAAGUUUAGAAACUGAAAGCUAAUUUAAAUUCUGUUUAAAUUUAUUUAUUGAAUUUUUAUUUGAACUGGGUGGACUACCCAGUGGAAUCUACUGGUCUCCCAUGGGGCCAAGUGUAGAGAAGACUAUGUGAACAAUUACAAAUUGAAUAUCUGGGGAAACCCACAGAAUCAGGCAGGGACUGAAAACCCAGCCUACAUGUGUGCCAAGGCAGGAAUUGAACCCGGUCACAGCAGUGCCGGCGAGGAAAUUAAGUACAGCUAGGCCAACCCGACUCCCUCAUAAGGAAAAUAUUAAAAUCACGUGUGCCUUUUAUUUGCCUAAUUGCAGCUGAUGAUAAUGACAUAGACAAUGGCACAAUGACAGUGACGAUAUAAUGACAGUUACAGCUUUUGUAAAAAUCAUACCUCUUUAAUAGGAAUUUAAUAAAAGACUGUGUGCUUUAAUAUGUUAUGUGCUUUAGAAUAUGAUUAACCCCCAAUAACAAAACUCUUAAAUGGCC